UCUGACCAGUUUGCUGCCUGCUGCUUUGCAUUUGGUGUCUCACCCUGUGGGUUCGUUCUGACGCGGGGUCAGAGGGCUUGCGUUUGCGUCUGAGCCUGCAUGUGUGUGGGCAGGAGGAGUGAUAAAUAAAACUGCCUCACCCCUCAGAGUUCAGAGCCAAUCUAGGAAAAGCGAAGGUGCCAGACAGGCUCCUGAUGGGUACGUGGGCCUGGGGACAGGACGGCCCCAGCGCAGGGGCCCUGGCAAGCCUGGCCCUUCCUGGGAGGUCCCCUCUCCCCCCAUACCACCCAGGCCUGUUGCUCCGGAUGCGACAAGUAUCUGAGUGUCUUGUCGCUCUCCUGUUCAAGGUCAGCUCAGGGCAUGGGUUGGGGGCUGACACCGCAGUCUGCUGGAUGCCUGAGGGUCUCUGUCUGGAUGGCCAAAAUUUGAGGUGAUGAUAGCCUUGUUCCUUGUGGGGGCUUUCCCCCAGCAGGUGUCUCCAUGGUAGACAAGUUGGGUGUCCUGGCCUCUGUCUCAGGGCUGCACCUCACUCCCCAGUAGACCUGACCUCCCUGGGCACCCAGGAUGUCCACUUGCAUCUUAGCUGGAGCUGCCACUUGGAAGGGGCCUGUGAUUCACCGGUUGUUUUGCUAGUUGAUUGUGCCACACACAGUGUCACUUCCGCAGUGUCACUAGGCACAGCCAGAAGUGCAAGGAGAAGGGAGCCCUGUGUCCUGUGCCGCCUCAGUCUUCUGUAACCUUCUUCUUCUGAAUAAAGUCCAUUUACUAACUUCUUAGCUAAAUAUGAUUUGGUUUUUGUGGCUAUUUAAAGCUUUUCCAAUAAAGUACCCAUAAAUAAGGGAAUACCUUACUCCUACGCUGUCUGGAUUUAUGGUUUGGAAAUACUUCUGCCCCCUAAAAGCUCACAUUUUUUUGUGAAAAGAGAAGCUAGUCGGCAAGAGAACAGAUCCAGUGUCUACUGGUGUGGUUAGGAUGGUCAAUGCUGAUGUGUAAAACUGCCUUUUAAAACCGUCUUUCCCCAGACCGGCUCACGGGCUGCCUGUUCUGUCUGCUGUGCUCUGUGUCGGCAAUGGCUUCUAGUGUCCAACAGGAAAGUCUGGUGGCUGAGUGAAUUUGUGACCCAGGAAUAGCAACUAAAGCCCUGGAUGCCGGCUCCAGGCUGGUGUGUGCUCUGAGGUCCCUGAGCAGCCCUGCCAGCCAUGGACCCAGACCCCCAGGCCGGUGUGCAGGUGGGCAUGCGUGUGGUGCGCGGCGUGGACUGGAAGUGGGGCCAGCAGGACGGUGGCGAGGGCGGCGUGGGCACGGUGGUGGAGCUCGGCCGCCAUGGCAGCCCGUCGACCCCCGACCGCACGGUUGUCGUGCAGUGGGACCAGGGCACCCGCACCAACUACCGCGCCGGCUACCAAGGCGCUCACGACCUGCUGCUCUACGACAACGCCCAGAUCGGCGUCCGCCACCCCAACAUCAUCUGCGACUGCUGCAAGAAGCAUGGGCUGCGGGGCAUGCGCUGGAAGUGCCGCGUCUGCUUCGACUACGACCUGUGCACGCAGUGCUACAUGCACAACCGGCACGACCUCGCCCACGCCUUCGAGCGCUACGAGACGGCCCACUCGCGCCCUGUCACGCUGAGUCCCCGCCAGGGCCUCCCGAGGAUUCCACUGAGGGGCAUCUUCCAGGGGGCAAAGGUGGUGCGAGGGCCCGACUGGGAGUGGGGCUCCCAGGACGGAGGGGAAGGGAAGCCAGGCCGAGUGGUGGACAUCCGUGGCUGGGAUGUGGAGACAGGCCGGAGUGUGGCCAGUGUCACGUGGGCUGAUGGCACCACCAACGUGUACCGUGUGGGCCACAAGGGCAAGGUGGACCUCAAGUGUGUGGGUGAGGCGGCAGGCGGCUUCUACUACAAGGAGCACCUCCCAAGGCUCGGUAAGCCGGCAGAGCUGCAGCGCAGGGUGAGUGCGGAUGGCCAGCCCUUCCAGCAUGGGGACAAGGUCAAGUGUCUGCUGGACACAGACGUCCUGAGGGAGAUGCAGGAGGGCCACGGUGGCUGGAACCCCAGGAUGGCGGAGACGGGCACCGUGCACCGCAUCACAGACCGCGGGGACGUGCGCGUGCAGUUCAACCAUGAGACCCGCUGGACCUUCCACCCUGGGGCUCUCACCAAGCACAACUCCUUCUGGGUGGGUGACGUGGUCCGGGUCAUCGACGACCUGGAUGCAGUGAAGCGACUGCAGGCCGGGCACGGCGAGUGGACGGACGACAUGGCCCCCGCCCUGGGCCGCGUCGGGAAAGUGGUGAAAGUGUUUGGAGAUGGGAACCUUCGAGUGGCAGUCGGCGGUCAGCGGUGGACCUUCAGCCCCUCCUGCCUGGUAGCCUACCGGCCUGAGGAGGACGCCAACCUGGAUGUGGCUGAGCGAGCCAGGGAGAACAAAAGCUCUCUGAGCGUGGCUCUGGAUAAGCUGCGGGCCCAGAAGGGUGACCCCGAGCACGCGGGGAGGCUGGUGGUGGAGGUGGCGCUGGGCAACAUGGCCCGGGCUCUGGACCUGCUGCAGAGGCACCCGGAACAGGUGGACACCAAGAACCAGGGCAGGACAGCCCUGCAGGUGGCUGCCUACCUGGGGCAGGUGGAGCUGGUGCGGCUGCUGCUACAGGCAAGGGCGGGAGUGGACCUGCCGGACGAGGAGGGCAACACGGCCCUGCACUACGCGGCCCUGGGGAAUCAGCCUGAGGCCGCCCGGGUGCUCCUGAGCGCGGGGUGUGGGCCAGACGCCCUCAACAGCUCCCGCAGCACAGCGCUGCACGUGGCCGUGCAGAGGGGCUUCCUGGAGGUGGUGAGGACCCUGUGCGAGCGCGGCUGUGACGUCAACCUGCCUGACGCCCAUGCCGACACACCCCUGCACUCCGCCAUCUCAGCGGGUGCCGGCGCCAGCGGCAUCGUGGAGGUCCUCACGGAGGUGCCCAGCGUCGACGUCACUGCCACCAACAGCCAGGGCUUCACGCUGCUGCACCAUGCAGCCCUCAAGGGCCAUGCGCUAGCUGUCCGGAAGAUUCUGGCACGGGCGCGGCAGCUGGUGGACGCCAAGAAGGAGGAUGGCUUCACGGCCCUGCACCUGGCCGCCCUCAACAACCACCGUGAGGUGGCCCAGAUCCUCGUCAGGGAGGGCCACUGUGACGUGAACGUGCGCAACAGGAAGCUGCAGUCCCCGCUGCAUCUGGCCGUGCAGCAGGCCCAUGUGGGCCUGGUGCCGCUGCUGGUGGACGCUGGUUGCAGUGUCAACGCGGAGGACGAGGAGGGGGACACAGCCCUGCACGUGGCUCUGCAGCGUCAUCGGAUGCUGCCCCUGGUGGCUGAUGGGGCCGGGGGGGACCCGGGGCCCUUGCAGCUGCUGUCCAGGCUACAGGCCUCGGGCCUCCCGGGCGGCGCGGAGCUGACGGUGGGCGCGGCCGUCGCCUGCUUCCUGGCGCUGGAGGGCGCCGACGUGAGCUACGCCAACCACCGCGGCCGGAGCCCGCUGGACCUGGCGGUCGAGGGCCGCCUGCUCAAGGCCCUGCAGGGCUGUGCCCAGCGCUUCCGGGAGCGGCAGGCGGGCGGCGGCGCGGCCCCGGGCCCCACGCACGUGCCCGGCACCCCGAACACCGUGACGAACCUGCACGUGGCCGCCGCGGGGCUCGAGGCCGCCGAGUGCCUGGUGUGCUCCGAGCUGGCGCUGCUGGUGCUCUUCGCGCCGUGCCAGCACCGCACGGUGUGCGAGGAGUGCGCGCGCAGGAUGAAGAAGUGCAUCAGAUGCCAGGUGGUCAUCAGCAAGAAGCUGCGCCCAGACGGCUCGGAGGUGGCGAGUGCCGCCCCGGCGCCCGGCCCACCGCGGCAGCUGGUGGAGGAGCUGCAGAGCCGGUACCGGCAGAUGGAGGAGCGCAUCACCUGCCCCAUCUGCAUCGACAGCCACAUCCGCCUCGUGUUCCAGUGCGGCCACGGCGCGUGCGCGCCCUGCGGCGCCGCGCUCAGCGCCUGCCCCAUCUGCCGCCAACCCAUCCGCGACCGCAUCCAGAUCUUCGUGUGAGCCCGCGACAUCCCCGCCUCCGGCGCGCCCGGGAGCCAUGUUCGGGAACUGCCUUCGCAAGUCCCCACCCUGUAUUUUAUAAAAAGAUUCAUGGACA